CAGAACAUGUUUCAGGAGGGGCUGUACCAGGUGUUUUUCAAAGAGACACCCUCCACCCCCCCUCUGACCCAGGUUAACAAUCACGGGGAGCUGAUCAAUGUCAGGAUUCAUCGUUGGUUUGGGACAGUGGUUAAAACCAGACUUUUGGUGACUGGGGUGGUACAGAUCCUCAGUGGCUUAGCUUGCAUACUAACCACAGUCACCCAUGCAUGUGUGAGCUACAACUGCUCUGUCUCCAUGACAACACCAGUGUGGUCAAGCCUAUUUCAUGUGGCUGCUGGAUGUCUGGCAAUAGAGGUUCAGAGGAAAGCUAAUAAAUUAAAGAUCAUUGCUCUGAUGGGUCUGAACCUCUUUAGUCUUCUGUUUGGCUUCUCUGCUCUCCUGGCUAACAGCCUCAGACCUGCACAGCCUAUUGCACUCAGCACAAUCCAACAGCGUGCUGGUUCAACUGUUGCAAAGGGGAGCUCUAUAGCAUUUAGCCUACAGUGCAUUCUCGCAUCAGUCUUCAUACUGUUCCUGUCCUGGAGAGGCCUACGUCGCUACAGUUGUCCCCAUUCUCAGGCCUACAGCCGCCUCUCACAGCAUCCAGAUGAAACCAAUGGACCUCUACUGGAGCAAGAGGAAUUCAAUCUGUGAAGACCUGAAGAGACUCCUGCUUGCACAAUGUUUUGUAAACUCAGUUACUG